CAUGAAAUCAAUAUGCAGGCACUGUAAUCUCUGUUUUCUUUUUUUCCCAGUCCUGUGUGAUGAGUUUUGUGGAGUGCAGAGUGUUGGCAAUUGACUUACGAGGGCAUGGGGAUACUGUGACGAAGAAUGAUGAAGAUCUUUCUAUUGAUACUUUGUGCAGCAUGGGUGGUGCUGUGGCAGUGCACACUGCAUAUGCGCAAUAUAUCCCCUCACUCAUUGGAUUGGCUGUGAUUGACGUGGUGGAGGGCACAGCUCUCGAUUCCCUCUCUUCCAUGCAGAAUGUCCUACGCUGCAGGCCCAAGGGGUUCAAGUCUGUGGAAGAGGCCAUUGAGUGGUGUGUCCGGAGUGGCCAAGAACCAGCUCACAAGUAUGAGUGGAGAAUAAACUUGUCAAAAACUCAAGACUUCUGGAAUGGAUGGUUUGAAGACCUGUCGAUGCACUUCCUUGAGUGUAGUGUUCCACAGCUUCUUCUCUUGGCAGGGAUAGACCGCCUGGAUAAGGCUCUCACCGUUGGUCAAAUGCAAGGGAAGUUCCAGAUGCAAGUUCUCCCUCACUGUGGACAUGCUGUUCAUGAGGAUGUCCCUGACAAGGUAGCUGAAGUUAUUGCAACAUUUAUGGUCAGACACAAGUUUGCAGAGGAGACUUCUAAUUUCCCAAGGUUGUUUCCUGCAUGUUGAGAGAAAGGAAGAGAGAUAGUUGCAAGAGGCAAUCUUGCAUAUCCCUGAGUGUCAGAGAAGUCUCCGGUGCCAACCGAAGAUCAUGGAGUUCAUGUUCAUCUACUGGAGGAAUUCCAAUCAAGACUUUCCAUUCCCUUGCUCGUUGUUGACCCUGCGCCAAUCUCUUGGAUUUAAACUUGUUUUCCAUUCCCCAAACUUAAAUGUGAGUUGCUUCAGUGUGACAGUAUGGCCUGUUGUAUUUUUCUUGGAAGUAAGGGAUUCCUUUGCAUAACCCCAUUUAUGUAUUCCUUGGUUUUCCCUUUUCCCUAUGCAUC